UUACUUUAGUUCCCGAGCCCCGUCUUCGUCUCCAGCGCGCCCAGAAGCGAGCGUAUUCCUUCGGUUGCGGAGCCCCUUCUCCCCUCGGAGCCGGAGGACGGAAAGCGAAUAGCUAUGCAAACGACCGUGAGACGACUGAGGCUCUCAGAGUUGGAAGUGAAACUGUGUCCUGUGUUCAGCGCGUGUGGCCAAACGGAAUCGCCAAAGCUGAUGAGGAUCUGCUGAUUUGUGCAGCUGAGUUCCAGUUUUCACUUUUGACUAGUGCGGGUGUAUGUGUGUGUUUCUGUGUCCCAGCGGGAAGCAUGUCGGACAGGGCCGAUGAGGAGGUGAGGGGGGAGCGGAGCAGAGCGGCCAGACAGCAGCUCCAGCAGCAGCAGCUCCAGCGGGGAGAAGCAGCCACAGCAAUGGCGCCCGCCUCCCUCCCCAGCCCGCAGAUCAUGCCGGGCCAGUCGUGGAGCAGCUGGGCGGACGCCGUCAAACUCCACGGGGGCGACGGUGCAGAUUCAGAGGAAAGUUUCAAAGAGUGCGCGAAGAAUCGAGAAGCCAUGCGUUUGUGCAGAGAAGAUAUGCCCAUUUUUGGCCAGUGUCCUGCACAGGACGACUUUUACCUGGUCAUGUGCAGCCACUGCAGUCAGGUAGUCAAACCCCAGGCCUUCCAAGCACACUAUGAGAGAAGACACAGUUCCAUUUGCAAGCCCCCGUCCGCCUACCCUUCCUCCGCUGCGUAUCCAGUCUCGGGCCUCUCCUCCCGGAAUCGGUCUGGAGGUGUGAGUGGGAGCGGGACGGCGGGAUCCGUGGCGGCCUCCUCCAGUGGCAGCAACAGUACCCCCUCAGCCAAAGAGAAGAUGCCUCACCGGAAGCCCCACUUCCCCUUGAAGGGGCCGCCUGACGACAACCUGACCUCAGCUGUCAAAGUGGAGAAGGUCCAUGUAAAGGCGGACUACUCUUCCUCCUCCAAGCUUGCCCAUGUGCCCACCUCCUCCUCUUCCUCCAUUUCUGCCAGUACUGUGAGCUCAUCACCCUCAAAGCCAGGCCUUAAUAGCCCCUCUGUACCAAAGGCUCAGCUGCUGGCCCCGGGCCACAUCCCCAACGGAAAGGGCCACCUCACCUCCCUUGACAAGAAGCAGGACAGCAGCACCAAUGCCAGUAGCAGAAGACUGUACAGGAAACAGCCAGAACGCGAGUUCAAUCCUGAUAUCCAUUGUGGAGUUGUGGAUAUAGGAGCACGUAAGCCAUGCACAAGAUCCUUAACAUGCAAGACACAUUCCUUAAGCCAGAGGAGGGCGGUCACUGGGCGGCGAAAGCGCUUUGAUACGUUGCUAGCAGAGCACAAAAAUCGAGCACGAGAGAAGGAGCUGCAGCACAGGUCCGAGCCCUCCCAGCAAACCCCCCCUCUCAGGGACCCCCACCCACCCUUCUCCCGCCUCCCGCAAGACCCCCACCACCCGCCUCCCCAUGGCAAUGGCACCGCCGCUGAUGCCUCCAAGCCUUUUACCCUCAGCAAACCCAAACCUCACAAUCCUGGUCUUCCACGGCUUGACAGCAGUAGCUCUCAUAGUGGGGUGAGCGGUUUAGGGAACCCUGCCCUGGUCCAUGACUCAACCCAGCACCCCCACUCAGCUCCCACACCUGACGGGGUGUCCCGCCUGUCCAGCGAUGAGGGCGAGAAUGAGGAGAGAGAAGAGGGAGUGGACAAACUGGACUGCCACUAUUCAGGUUAUCACCCGCGACCAGCUGCUUUCUGCAGUUUUGGAAGCCGACUGUUCGGGAGGAGCUGUUACUCGUUUGACCGGCGCUGGGAUCGAGUCCGGUGUGCAUUGGCUGUGAUGAUGGACAAACAUGUCAACUCUCUGAUGUGGAAGAAAAUCCCCCUGGCGCCAGAAAAUUCAUCCUCAUCGGCUGUUGCGUCAUCUCAUCGGUCAAGCGCAAACUCUCUUUCCUCUUCUUCGGGCUUCCUCAGCCCCUCCCCUCCGCCUCCCUAUGGCCAUUUGUACGACAGCAAGCCUGUGCUGUCGUACGGGACCACCCUGAAUGCUCGGGCCACGCCUCAGAGGGCAGGAGAGCAGCUGGCCUACAGUGGUGGCAGCAGCAGUGGCUCGUCCAGACAAGUGUCCUCGUCAUCACCCCAGAUGCCUUCAGCUCACUCCUCCUCGUUGCCCUCUACGCCUGGCUCCAGCAGACCCCUCAAAUCCCGCUCCGGAGCCAAAUCUUUCCGGGUCAGGGACUCUUCCUCCUCAGCUACACUAGCUAGCUCUGUCGCCAACAGCGGGGGCAGCAGCAGCAUGAGCACGAGCAGCAACGUGGGGGCAAAAAAGCGCAAAAACAGCUCUCUACUGACGCCCCACGGCACCUACGCUGCGGAAUCUUCCUCUUCGUCCUCCUCUUCCUCCUUCAAGAAGAAUUGCGCGGUGAAUUCGGGCACCUCAGGUAGCAGCUUCCACUCCUCACUUACCUCCACUCCCUCCUCUACAGCUUCCUCGUCCUCCUCUUCCUCUCACAGUGCGGGUGCGAAUUGCCCGCCAAGCCGCGCCAACUCACUCAGCCUUCGACAGGAAGCGGCCAGCCGCGGUCCGCCACCGGCCAGCCCGGCCGAGCCCAUCAAGCGGAUGAGUGUAGUGAUGAACAGCAGCGACUCCACGCUCUCGCUCGGCCCGUUCGUCCACCAGAGUAGUGAGCACCACAGCCACGCAGACGCCCGGAUCGACAGCAAGAGGAGGAAGAGUUCGCCUGCCAGCAGUGGCCUCGCUAGCACUGGUACCUCCACAGCAUCUGCGGGAGGAGGAGGGUCACAAGGUCCCGGCAGGCCCAAAAUGCCCAAAUCUCCAGCCGUCAACAACAUCCACAGCAAACAUGCACGGCCCAUGCCAGGAACACCAGGGCUUCCCAAUAACUCGCUCAUACAUCAGCCAAAGGCCCGCCCCUGACACAGGUGGGCAGGCUCUGGGGGUGCGGAGCGGUGGACUGAAACCCGAUCUUCGCAAGCUCCCUUAGCGCCCGUCACGCCACACUGCACGAGGCCUUCUUCUUCUUCUCUUACUCUCAGCUUCCCGCAAUCCUCAGGGUGGAGAGCGCACUGGGCGGCUCAAUGACGGCGAUCCAUUCCUCCCAGCCACACGGGGGCACCGCGCGGGGGGGACAGUGUUUGACGUAGUGGGGCGUAGUGGUAAAUGUGGUGGGUGUGUGCAAUGCACUUGGUGGCAGCCCCCUUGGAAGGUGGAGGAGGGGUGGAAAAGCGAGGGAUGCAGAGGUACAGAUAAGGGCUGGUACUGGGCCACACCAACACUACUAUGAAUCGUCGGAGGGACUUUUAAUGGGUUAUAUGAGCAAAAGGAGCAUUUCUGCUGAUCUCUUCCGUGUGCGUGCGUCUGUUUGAAUGUGUGUUCAUGUACGCGUCUGGGUGGAUGAUACUGGAAUACUGGAAUUUUUUUUUUCUUGCGCGAUCUAAACAGUAAGUGCUUGGAGAAAGGAAGUGCACAGGAAAAAAAGGAGGAAAUAUCAGGAGUCUCAGUGUGAAAAACGCGAUCACAUUUAGUUGAAUAUAUUUACUCUUUUAGCACCCUGACAGAUGGAGUUUAAACAAUAAUACAGAGUUUUACUCACCACAGAGCAAAUAAGGAAGAAUAGAUACAGACCAGUAUCCAAAUGAACAACUCGUAUAAAUGAUAUAAGUCUUAAUGCUUCUUAAUGGAAAGCAUUUUGUUUACGUACUUCAAGUAUCAGCAGCUUUGGAGCAAAUGGAACAAAAUGUCAUUUUGCAGAGUUUCAUCCAGUUUUCAUCCCAUUUGAAACGCAAAGACCAGCAGUACGGACGAUUGUUUAGAAAUUUGAAUUAAAUUCAAAUGAUUAUGCCAUCAUUAUGACCUAAAGAAUGGCUUGAACAGGGCUUCUUUUAAAUGAGCCUUCCUAAUUGUUGGUGUUAACCACAGUUGACUUGCCCCAGUCGACUUCUGUACUGUUUAUUUACCCAGCCGGACCCCUGUAUUCUGGAAAGCUGGUGGUCCUAGCAGCCUUUCCCCGCCCUAAUCAUUUCUAGGCAGUUCCAGCAAAAAUUGUAUUACUCCUGAUGACUUCUUGUCCUGAAACAUGACUUGAUAAAACCUUUAAACACAUUGUAACUUCAGUGUUACAAGUAAGGACUGUUGGAAGUAUUUGCCUUGGAAACACUGUCUGUUAUAGUCAGUCUUAUCGAUGUACACCGACCCUCAGACAGUUGCAGAGAAUGUUGUUCGCCUUCAGUUAUUCCUGUCCAAAUCAGAUACCCCUUCAUCACUACAGCUACAUGUGGAUAUCAUUCUGUAUGAAUCAAGUUUGCCUACAUACACUAACAAGAUAGCUGUAGGGUUUUCUUGGCAAUAGAUGACAAAGGCCCGAUCACAGCAGCUUGCAGGCCAGUUGGUACUACAACAGAGGCUUUUGAAUAAGACCUACACUAAAAUGUAUAACAUGUUUACCGUGCCCUGUAAUCUACUCAAAGGUGGCCCUAAGGCAGCUGGUUCAGCAGCUAUUUUAGGCUGUGAAGGAAUAGUUGAGAGAAAUUGAGUUUGCACAGUUUUUCCCUUCCUUCACGUGUAGUUAAUCAGCUAAGACAUGCUUGUUUGCUUCUUUUUUGCACUGGAGCUACAAGGCUAAUGUUGCUACCAAGUGAUGGAAGCUUGUAAGCACCAAUUAUCCAAAGACGGAGCUAGAAAAUGGAUGAUGAUAUACAAACGAUAUACAUUUAUCUAUAAAAAUGGACAAAAGCUAUGAGGCUAAUGUGACUCACAAGUAAUGGAAGCUUGUACGCACCAAUUAUCCAAAGAUGGACAAAUGGACUUGCUAAUGUGGUAUCUGACACUGUAUGACAUACGUUUAUCUAUAAAAACGAACAAAAGCUAUGAGGCUAAUGUGGCUAACAAGUAAUGGAAGCUUAUAAGCAUCAGUUAUACAAAAGUUAAGUUGUAAAAUGGACUUGUUUAUGUUGUAUGUGACACUGUAUGAUAUACUUUUAUCUAUAAAAAUGGACAAAAGCUAUAAGGCUAAUAAGUAACGGAGGCUUGUAUGCACCAAUUAUCCAAAGAUGGAGCUAGAAAAUGGACUUGCUUAUGUGUUGUCUGACACUUUAUCUAUAAAAAUGAACAAAAGUUAUGAGGCUACCGUGGAAAACAAGUAAUGGAAGCUUAUACGCAUGAGUUAUCCAAAGGUGAAGUUGUAAGAUAAACUUGCUUAUGUGGAAUCUGGCAAUGUAUGAUAUACUUUUAUCUAUAAAAAUGGACAAAAGCUAUGAGGCUAAUAUAGGUAGCAAGUAAUGGAAGCUUACACCGAUCAGGCAUAACAUUAUGACCUGGUCUGAGUGGAUC